CCGCGCGCGCCACCGCCGGCCGCAGCCGCUCGCGCCGAUGGAGCAACUGGUCCCGCUGCUGCUGCUUCUGGCCACUGCGGCCGGGGCGGACGAGAACCGCAUCGUGGGAGGCGAGCGCUGCCCCAAGCAGCGUCACCCCUACCAAGUGGUGCUGAUGGGCCCCCAGAAGAACAUCCACUGCGGGGGGGUCCUGAUCCACCACUCCUGGGUGCUCACAGCCGCCCACUGCAACACCCCCAGCCCCAUCCCCAUCCGUCUGGGAGAGCACAGCCUGAAGAAGAAGGAGGGGACUGAGCAGUGUGUCACCUCAGCCAAAGCCUUCAUCCACCCUGACUACAACCCCACCAGCCAUGACAGUGACAUCAUGCUGCUGAAGCUGCAGAAGCCCGUCCGCUUCACCGAGCACGUGCACCCCGUGGAGCUGCCCAAGAGCUGCCCCCCACCCAACACCGAGUGCAUCGUCUCGGGCUGGGGCAGCACCAGCAGCCCAGAAGGCUACUUCCCAGACGUGCUGCAGUGUGGGGUGGUCUACACGCUGCCCAACGAGGAGUGUGGGCGGCUCUACCCCAAGGGCAUCACCAGGAACAUGCUCUGUGCCGGCGUCAGCGCGGGGGGCACCGACUCCUGCCAGGGUGACUCUGGGGGGCCACUGGUGUGCCAGGAGCAGCUGCAGGGCAUCGUGUCCUGGGGGAUGCAGGUGUGUGGCCAACGUGGCAAACCCGGCGUGUACACACGUGUGUGUCGCUUCACCUCCUGGAUCCAGGACACCAUCAGGAGAAACGGCCCCAACUGAGCCCCCUCCUCCCCACAACCCCCUCCAGGACAUCACCAGGGGCUUCUUCUCCCUCCUCCCAUCACCACCCCACCCCGUGUCCUGCUCCAGGGCUGGGGGAGAGCUCCUGGAAUAAAGCCCCCCCCUGAAACGUG